UCAGCACGCACUGGGUAGGAUGGCAUGGCAUAAAAGCUGGUUGACGAGUCUGCACCGUCAAGGACUGGACACAAGCUGCAACAGCAGGACAGCCAUGGCGCGGGGCGGGAGGGGGCCAACACGGUGGGGCGACACCAAAGCACCCCGCUCCAUGAGCCCAUCAGCCGAUUUGGCGUGCCGGGGAUAGCAGGGAGGAGAUUGCAGCGAGCGGCUCGCAAUACUUGAAGAACCUUACACGUCAGCAGAGAGUACGCUUGGCUUCAGGUUGUGAAAGCGACACACACAUGCAACCCGUCGGCAUUUCGGUCAACCUAUGAUGAGCUAGUCUACCGCCGUUCAAGAUAUCAGUGUAGCUAGAUAUCAUGACGAAACGGCGAACGCCGGUCGUCUUUACCGCUGCGCCGGUCCAGGAGGAGGUCGAGGAGGAAGCGUAUGACGAGGAAGAGGGCGAUGAGGGACUAGAGACGGGAGUUCGCGCGCCACCCAAUACAAAUUUCCUGGGCCGGCUGGUGCGCGGUGUCACAACGGGAAACCAGCGCCAAAUUGACACGACCAACGUGGGCGCUGCGCAUCUGUCCAUCGGCGCCACCGGCGCCGCUAGUCUGCGGCUUCAACUGCAGCGGGCUGCAAAUGCGCGUACGGCGCGCCUGGCAAACCUGAGGCGCGUCGUGCUGUCCAGUGCAGCGCAACAGCGGCUGACGCUCUGCUCUGCGCUUCUGGCUGAGGUGGCGCAGGGGUUUGGCUUCCGGCUCACGGUGCGGCGGCCUGACGGCAGAGAGGUGGGCGCCCGCCAGGCCAUCACCGCGUCGGCUGAGCUGCAGGCACGCCAAGCACGAGCCACCGCGGCCGGCAACGCCGCUGCCGCUGCCACCGCCACCCCAGGCGCGCCACAGGCGGAAGAGGCUGGCGGAGGCGGCGAGGGAAACGCCGCCGCAGGCGCAGAGGCAGCAGGCGGCGUCAAUGGCGGCGCCGCCGGGGCGGCAGCGGCAAGGGGCGCGUCGGCGGCGGCAGCAGCGGCAGCAGAUCUGGAUCCGCUGGAUGCGCUGGAGCCUCUAGACGUUGAUCUGGAUCUGGAUUUUGACGCUAACGGCAUGCUGAUGCACGUGGUGCAGCAGCCAACGCGGCCGGCGGCGGGCGCGGCGUCUCUGGCGGGCACGAACCUAGCGCGCCGCCUAGCCAAGUCGCCGAGUGGAGCACGCGCGACGGCUGCAGCGGCCGCGGCGCCAGCCCGGCCGGGCGCCGGCCUGGCGGGUCUGUUAUCCGCUCGGCUGACGUCAGCAGCACUGGGCAGCAUCGGGCUGGUUGCGAAUAAGAAGUCUGCGGCGCAGCAUGCGCUGCAGGCGGCGAGGAAGAGGGUACUCGCGCGGGCGGCCUCCAAUGCUGCCGCUGACGAGGCCAUGGAGGGUGCCGCUGCUGCAGCCGCUGCGGGAGCGGCAGGCGAGGUCGCUGCGGCGGCGGCGGCGGAUGCUGGCGGCAUCCCUAGUGCCGCAGAUGCCGGUGGGGCGCCCGGAGGACGGCGCAUCGUAUGGGACCCAGCGAGGCGCGUCAAACCGGCGGGUGCUGCCGCCGGUGACGUAGAGGCAGCCGAAGAGCCGCCGGCCAAGCGCAAGCGCGCUUCCGGCGCUGCCAGCACGCCAGCCGUGGCGGCGCAGGCGGUGACCGGUGAUGGCGAGGAGCAGGCGGAAGCGCGGGACGAUGGCGACGCGGAAGCCGGAGAGCCGGAGCUCAUGGCUGGGCACAGCGCGGGGGACAUGGAAGUGGGUGUCGAGGGCGAUGCGGAUGAGCUGGGCACCGGAGGCGGCAAUGAGGCAGGAGCCGGCGCGGGCACGGGCGGGAGCGGAAGCGCAGCCGACGGCAAGAGCGUGCUGGCACGGCUGCAAGCCAAAGCUAGUGCUGCUGGGGCGGCCGGCGGGAAGCGAGCGGCGCCGCCCUCGUCAGCGAGAGCAGGUCGGCUGUUGGGUGCAGCACUGGCGGGGUCAACGGCAGCAGCUGGGGCAGCGGCGCGGCAGCGGGCACCAAUGACGCUAGCAAGCAGCGCAGCCAAGGGUGCGGAAGCCACUGCCCCAGCUGCGGACGAAGGCGAGGACGCAGAUGUGGAUGGGGCGGACGAUGCGCCUCCCGCAAGGCAGGAAGGCAGCGCAGCGGCGAUUGCAGCGGCGGCUGCCGGCUCGAAGGCGGGGGCUGCACAACGCAGCCGGCCUGGAUCUGCGGCUGCAGGCGGCCGGGGGCCGGGAACAGUGGGGGCGUCGGGUAUGGGCAGUCCCGCCAGCAAGCUCUUUGGCGCCGCGAUGCGCCAACUGCAGCGGGGCGGUGCCGGCGCUGGUGGCACGUAAGCUUAGGAGUAAGACGGUUCGUGUGCGACAGGCGUGCAGAGGAGGCACGAGUGUGUGUGCAUUUGUAUGCUUACUGGUAGCCCUCAAGUGGGCGGAAUGCGGCGCUGAAGCGGAGGUGCAUAUGGCGGUGUUGUGCACAGUGUGACUGUGUGACGAAACGGACGAUGUGCAGCUUGCCAACAAAUACAAGCAAAGGCAGGUUGGGCAUGCAUACGGUACAGAUAGGUGCAGGACGUCCGCCAGGCAUGCUGUAAGGCGGAGCUUGACUUCAGUAGCUGAUUGGCUGUGCGGCUCUCUUGCAAUCCGCUUAAUGGCAUGAUGCAUCCUCAUGGUCCACGCAAGUAUGCGAACCCACACCAGCAGUGAGCAAAGCUGCCAACUGCGCCCAGUGGAAUGUCCAUACGUGGGAGGGUGAUACGGCACGCAGGCCCUGCUGCUCUAGGGGCUGCGCGCACGGGCUGCGCGUCACCAACAGUCAUCUGCCGCGGUGCCCCGCGUAACCAAUCUGCGCGGGGCUUGUCAAUACGCCGCACCACAGAGCAAGGCACUACAUUUGCCCCG